CACACAAAGCUCGCCGUCGAGCUUGAUGCUUCUCUUGACCAGAUCAAACACCGUGGGCCCGACUCCCGCGGCCAGUGGAUCAGCAAUGACAAGCGCGUUGCUUUUGGUCAUGUCCGUCUAGCCAUCAAUGACCUUUCUCCCGACGGCAUCCAGCCAUUCCAUGACCACGAACGCACCGUCCACGCUGUCGUCAAUGGCGAGUUCUACGAUUACGAUAACAUCCGAAAAGACCUCGAAGCCAAGACCGACUACAAGUUUCGCGGUCGUUCCGACUCUGAGCUCGCCAUUGCUCUUUACAAGUACCACGGCCUCAACUUCCUGCAUCACCUGAGAGGAGAAUUCGCCUGUGUCCUUUUCGACGAGUCACAGCAACUCCUGAUCGCAGCAAGAGACCGCUUUGGCAUCAAGCCCUUGUUCUGGACAGUCCAAGAGGGAAGAUUGUUGAUCGCUGCCGAAAUCAAGGCCUUCCUGCCCCUGGGAUGGAAGCCUGAGUGGGAUGUCAAGAGUCUACUCGACGCUGGGUGGAACCACGACGAGAGGACUCUCUUCAAAGGCAUUGCCAAGGUUCGCCCUGGCCACUACCUCACCUGCCAGUCAUUUGAUCACAUCGAGCAACGCCCUUACUGGGACAUCAGCUACCCCGACAAGCACGCUGUCGAUGUUCGCACUCCCGAAGACAUGAUCCAAGGUGUCCGCCAGCGUAUGCUCGAGGCCAUCAAGCUACGACUCCGAGCCGAUGUUCCCGUUGGAAUCUACCUCAGUGGCGGCAUUGACUCGUCAGUCAUUGCUGGGAUGGUCACGCAUCUUGUCAAAGAGCAGGGAAUAGCCAUGGGCAGUGCGGACGCAACCGACCGCGUCUCGUGUUUCAGUAUUGCAUUUGACGAAGAAUCUGGUUUCGAUGAAUCCUCGAUCGCCAACCGCACCGCUGAGUGGCUCGGAGUGCGUUAUAUCAAGAAGCACAUGAACGAGGAAGAGCUUGCCAAGCGUUUCGAGGAUGCAACCUGGCACUGCGAACACCACAAUCCCGACUUCAAUUUCGUUGGCAAGUAUGCUCUGUCCGAAGUCCCUCAGGAGGUCGGCUUCAAGGUCGUCUUGACUGGUGAGGGAGCUGAUGAGAAUUUUGCUGGCUACCCUCUGUAUCUCCCAGACUACCUCCGCGAACCCGACCCGAGUUGGGAAAAGUACAACACCUUGCCGGAAAGUGAAAGAGAGCAUCAACUCGAUCUUGCAGAGACGGCAGCUGUCGACUACUACACCUCAGUCGGCGCUGAUGUAACAAACCGAGGACCGUCAGUUGCUCGCCGCAUGCUCAACGACAUUACUACUGUCAGUAGUAUGGCUGCUUUCCAGCUUGACAUCUUCGCUCCUUGGACGAAUUGCUAUGGUAGAUGCGAUCCUCAGGUCACGAUCGCCAACAACGCCGACGGUCGUGUUCGUAAUUUGAUCACCGACUCUUGGCAUCCUCUGCAUUCGGCACAAUAUGUUUGGUCCAAAGGCCACCUGGCCAACAUCUUCCUGACAUGUCUCGGUGAUCGUACAGAGAUGGCACACAGCAUUGAAGCACGCACUCCCUUCCUUGACCAUCCGCUGACAGAGUAUGUCAACCAUCUACCACCAUCAGCCAAACUCAGGUGGGACCCAGAAGCAAAGACGUUCACCGAGAAGUGGGUACUUCGUGAAGCAUCGAAGCCUUUUAUCACAAAGGAGUUGUAUGAACGUAAGAAGCACCCGUACUCUGCACCAACAACCUGGCCCAAGGGUGGUCACUUGAACAAGCUAUUGGACAAACUGAUCAGUGAAGACAAUAUCAAGCAGCUAGGCUUUGUAGACUGGGAGAGAUGCCAGAGUCUGACAACAAAGGCGUUUGGUGAGAAUGGCGAUCCCAUGGCUAUGAGAUAUGCCAUUGUCGUGGCCGAAUGGGUUGUUCUGGGACAGCGAUUCGGCGUGGCCACAGCCAAGAAGCCUGAGGGG